AAAUGUCGGGACCUGAAAAUAAAAUGAAGGGAAACGGGAAUACACAAGCGUGUGGUGUAGUGUGUGUGUGUAGUCUACUAGACACAGAUUUAAAAAAUUAUGUCUGUGUUUAUAAAGUAUACAUAACUACUUAUCUACUUACAUUGUGAUGAAAUGAUGUGUUUUUGUUGUUUACAUUAAAAUAUUUUACUUUGUGUCUUAUCUUUAAAUUAAUUUUUUUGUGACGUUAAAAAAUUCGUGUAGGUGGACUUUUGGUACCUACUGAUACAUAGUGGUAGUGAUUCUUGAUGGAUUCUUGUACAGAUAAACUAUUUUUAUCAACAGUAUAGGUACUACUAUUUUAGUCGCCAUUUUCGCCAGAUUUUAUUUGUAUGGUCUAUUUACUAAUAAAAAUAAAAUUAAAACAAAUGUUUUUGUGCUUUUUGUGAGAAUUUGCAAAUUGUAGUGACUUUGAAAAGUAUCAUGUUUGGAUUUGACUUCAUUCCUAAGGAAUCGAAAUAUACUUUACACCCGUAGGCAUGACGGAGAAAAUAUUAUUUCCCGGUCCUGGCGUCAAGAUGGAGCACUUCCAAGCGGCUCUGGAUCCUCGCAAACAGGAGCUGCUGGAAGCGCGAUUCUUAGGCGCCAAGGUGGGAGCACGGGAGAUCCUAGUAGAAACCCAGCGUACUCCAGAGUUUAAGACGAUGUCAGCUGGGUCACAAAUUCAGAUGGCACCACAAACUACUGUCAACACGGGGCAACCACUACACAAUCAGGACUCCAAUAUGAGCACAGGUUCGUCGCAUAGUGAUAAAGAAGUAGAUGCGUUAACUCCUGAAAAGUCAGCUGCUAUGCGAGGAUCCAAUAGUGCGCCAGGGGCUGCAUUGGUGCCGCCGAGCGGUGCUACUCCCACUAUUGCUAUGCCAGAAAGAAAACGAAAACGGAAAGGAGAAGAAGGUGUUGGUGGUGGUGGGGGUGGGGGUGGCAAACAGCGGCAUAACUCUUCAGAUAAAAAUAUUAGGGAAUAUUUCUCUAAGCAUCCCUCGUCAAGCCCUGGACGGCACACUGGUGCCAAAUCGCCUUCACCACAAGGAGCCAAUUACCCUAUGUACCCACCGUCACCCUCGUCGCUGCUGCCGACCGGAGCGAGUUUUUUAAGUUCUGCCUCGCAGCAGCGGCACACAUCUUCUGUAAAACAGGUUCAAACAGAUUUGACAUGUCAGAGGAUACAAGAGUUAGAAACUCAAGCAUCUUCUGAUUUAGAGUUAAGAAAUAAUAGAAUAGAAGAAUUAACAAGAAGUAAUGAAGAACUGAAGCAUCAAGUGCAAGCACAGAGCAAGGUAAUAGAGCAACAUAAAUCACACAUCAACAAGUGUAUAGAAGUUGUUAAGAAAUUGUUAAAUGAGAAGAGUACUAUAGAAAAAAAGGAAGCCCGGGCGCGGUGUAUGCAGAAUAGGUUAAGACUUGGUCAGUUUGUUACGCAACGGGUAGGGGCCACCUUUCAGGAGAAUUGGACUGAUGGAUAUGCGUUCCAAGAACUAACAAGGCGGCAAGAGGAAAUAACGGCCGAGAAGGAGGAGAUCGACCGUCAAAAGAAGUCGCUGUUCAAGAAGCGGCCGUCCAACAGCGAGGGCGGGUCGGGGCGCGGCAAGCGCAGCGCGGCCAGCACGCCGCAGCCGCCGCUGCACAACGGCACCGACGCGCCCACCUUCCUCAAGCCCGACCCGCUGCCCAGCAUGACCUGGCAGGAGUACUACGAGGCCGACGAGAUACUCAAGUUAAGACAAAGCGCGCUAAAAAAGGAAGAUGCAGACUUGCAGCUAGAAAUGGAGAAGUUGGAGAGGGAAAGAAAUCUUCACAUUAGGGAACUAAAGCGGAUACACAACGAAGACCAGAGUCGUUUUUCACAACAUCCCGUUUUGUCAGAGCGAUACCUGCUGCUGAUGUUACUGGGCAAGGGCGGGUUCAGCGAGGUGCACAAGGCGUUCGACCUGCGCGAGCAGCGCUACACCGCCUGCAAGGUGCACCAGCUCAACAAGGACUGGAAGGAGGACAAGAAGGCCAACUAUAUCAAACACGCGCUGAGAGAGUACAACAUUCACAAGGCGCUGGAUCACCCGCGCAUAGUCAAGCUGUACGAUGUGUUCGAGAUCGACGGGAAUUCCUUCUGCACCGUGCUGGAGUACUGCAACGGGCACGAUCUUGACUUUUAUCUCAAGCAGCACAAGACAAUCCCCGAGCGGGAAGCGCGCUCGAUCGUGAUGCAAGUGGUGUCGGCGCUGAAGUAUCUGAACGAGAUCAAACCGCCCGUGAUCCACUACGACUUGAAACCCGGCAACAUCCUGCUCACGGAGGGCAACGUGUGCGGGGAGAUCAAGAUCACGGACUUUGGCCUGUCCAAGGUCAUGGACGAGGAGAACUAUAACCCCGACCACGGCAUGGACCUCACCAGUCAGGGCGCGGGCACUUAUUGGUACCUGCCGCCCGAAUGUUUUGUAGUCGGCAAAAACCCGCCAAAGAUCAGUAGUAAAGUGGACGUGUGGAGUGUGGGCGUGAUCUUCUACCAGUGCUUGUACGGCAAGAAGCCGUUCGGACACAACCAGAGCCAAGCCACUAUCCUGGAGGAGAACACGAUCUUGAAGGCCACAGAGGUCCAGUUUGCCAAUAAACCUACAGUUAGCAAUGAGGCUAAGAGUUUUAUCCGCGCGUGCCUGGCGUACCGGAAGGAGGAGCGCAUCGACGUGUUCGGGCUGGCGCGGCACGAGUACCUGCAGCCGCCCACGCCCAAGCCGCGCGGCGCGGGGCUGGCGGCGCCGGCGGGCGCGGCGGCCCCCGGCGGCGCGCCGGCCGCGUUCGCGGCGGGCCUGUUCGGCGGCGCGGGCUCGUCGUCCUAGCCGCGCCGCCGCCG